CAUCAUUUGAUCACAAUCAUUUUGGUGUUGGGAUCGUAUAUGACCCGUAACCAAGAUUGCGGAGUUGUGAUCAUGUUUUUGCACGAUAUCAACGAUAUAUUUAUUGAUUUUUCCAAAUUAUUAUACGCUGUGAGGGAACAAAAUGGUAAAAUUAGGCCACAUUUUAAGAUGGCCUACACUAUCGGUGUCUUUUCCCUACCGGUCACUUGGGUUAUAAGCCGUUUGUAUUACUUCCCGCUCAACGGUAUAUACAGGGCGUCACUAUUACCCGAAAGUUAUACCAUAUUAACUCUACUACACAUUUUGCUGCAAUUGAUCAUGGUGAUGAAUGUGAUCUGGUCAGUGUGGAUGUGUGUCUUCUAUUAUCAGGUCAUCAAUGGUAGAGAAGUGGCGGACCCGAUGUCUGCUGACACCAACAAAAAGUCCAAUUAAUUUGUCAUUUUUAUUAAUUAUGAAUG